AUGGCACAGGGUAUAGUCGUCGUUGGGCUGGGCUCCGGUACUAAAAAGCUAGGAACUCUAUUGCAAGGCCCCAAGUCCUAUACGGCAAUCAUGAAAUUGGGCGAAGGUACCGAUACCCUUGAUGCCACUGGAAAUAUAGUCGAUCGCUCGGAAUCUCUUUCUCGUGACAUAUUUGACCCAACUAGGCUUCAGGAUGUGGUUAGGAAAUUUAUUGGCCACAAUAUCCUCCAAGUCCCGCCAAAGUACUCACUUUUCAUCUCUUAUCGUCCCAGGUUUUCAGCAUUGAGAGUUAAUGGAACGAGGGCAUGCGACUUGAUGAGGAGGGGAAUUGAGAUUCCCGACUUGGAUGCCAGGCCCGUUACCAUUAAUAGUAUUUCGAUUGUCAAUGUUGACCCUCCUUUUAUUACACUAUCUGUUGACUGCAUGGGGGGCACAUAUAUUCGAUCGCUAGUGCGAGAUAUUUCGGCAGAGCUCGGCACGUUUGGCAUGCUCACUUUUCUUGAAAGAACCAGAAUUGGGCCCUUUCACAUCCAGGAUUCCAUUAGGGAUCUUUCUAUCUUCGAGCAUGAUUUGGAAGCGGUAAGGAAAAUUUCGGAGCAAGGAGCACUCCUGCUCGAUGAGUAUAUUUAUUCAAGACAGCACACAAAUGUAACUAUAUAA